UGUGACUAGUAAUGUCUUCGGUCGGCGGACAGUCAUUUUUAAGAGGGCUUGGUUUUAUUUUGAAGGCAAAACCGGAUACAAUGAUAGUAGUGUGCGAAGAGCGGUGAGUGCUGUGCCGGGGGCAUCGGAGUGUGCGAGUCAGUGAAAGUGAAGGCGGAGACCCGCGGAGCCGCAAACUAAACUCAGCCUCUUCUGGACCUGGUUCAAGUCCGGUUCCCCGGUCCAGAACCCGCCCGAAACCCGAACUCACGAGCGGUGCCGAGCUCGCGUGAAAUAACCUGCCAAAAUUUGACUUCCGGUGUCUUCGGAUCUGUCGCGGGGAAAAAAGUUUGACGUGAGAAUGUGACGAAGUUCGUGACGAAGCAGAACCAGGACCCAGUUUACUGAUGCAGUUCAGUGCCAUGAGUCCGGAAUGACGCGAUAGAUCCACCAGAACCAGAACCCGAGUGUCCUCCGCGCCGCCGCCUCGUCAUGUACUCUCCCAUCUGUCUAACUCAGGAUGAGUUCCAUCCCUUCAUCGAGGCUCUCCUUCCUCAUGUGCGCGCCAUUGCCUACACCUGGUUCAACCUGCAGGCCAGGAAGCGUAAAUACUUCAAGAAGCACGAGAAGCGAAUGUCCAAGGACGAGGAGCGUGCCGUCAAAGACGAGCUGUUGAGCGAGAAGCCGGAGGUGAAGCAGAAGUGGGCAUCUCGACUGCUGGCAAAGUUACGCAAAGACAUCCGGCAGGAGUACCGCGAGGACUUUGUGCUGAGUGUGACGGGGAAGAAGCACCCGUGCUGCGUGCUUUCCAACCCGGACCAGAAGGGAAAGAUCCGCCGCAUUGACUGUCUGCGACAGGCCGACAAGGUGUGGCGGCUGGACCUGGUCAUGGUCAUUCUGUUCAAGGGAAUCCCAUUGGAGAGCACGGACGGGGAGCGGCUGGUCAAGUCGCCGCACUGCAGCAACCCGGCGCUCUGCGUGCAGCCCCACCACAUCACGGUGUCUGUCAAGGAGCUGGACCUGUUUCUGGCCUACUACGUCCAGGACCAAGACUCACAACAGUCGGGAAGUCCCAGUAACAACGAGCCCGGAAAAAACCAACUUCCAGUGUACCUGGAAGACAGCUUCAUCAAGUCCGGCGUGUUUAGUGUGUCCGAGUUGGUGCGAGUCUCCAGAAUGCCCAUCACUCACGGCGCCACGGUCAACUUCUCCAUGGCUGACAUGCCAAGUCAACCCUAUUACCAUGAUUUGAACUCUGGAGUGGGUCUGCACCGCCCCCUGUCCUCACCACCCGGCAGUAAAAGACCUAAAACUGUGAAUAUGGAGGAGAACAUGGAUACCAGUCCGACUGGACCGGACUUCUACUCGUCUCCCAGCUCACCAGCAAGCAGCAGGGCCAACUGGCACGACAGAGACGGGGCAGACAUGUCCUCUCCGACGAUGAAGAAGCCAGAGAAGCAGAUCUUCAGCCCCACCUCCCCCCAGGACUCAUCUCCUCGCCUCAGCACUUUCCCGCAGCACCACCCCGGACUGUCGGGAGUGGGACACAGUGUUAUUUCCACGAGGAGCCCGCCUCCGCACUCGCCACUGCAGUUCUCGGGCUCUGCCAUUCUCCCGCCGGCGCCUUCGCCCUACUUCUCGCACCCCACGAUCCGCUACCCGCCUCACCUAAACCCUACAGAUCCCCUGAAGAGCUAUGUGCCGUCAUACGACCCGUCCAGCCCACAGAGCAACCAGCCUAACAGCAGCGGUCAGGUGGUCGGGAAAGUCCCUGGUCACUUCACUCCAGUUCUGGCCCCCUCCCCCCACCACGGUGCAGUAAGACCCGUCUCACUCUCGAUGCCGGACACUAAACCCAUCACCACGUCUACAGAAGGCUACUCUUCUCCCGGGACACCUACAGCGAACCGAUUCGUUGGCCUCAGUCCUCGAGACCCUGCCUUCCUCCACCAGCAACAGCUGAGGAAGUGUGACUGGAGCGUGACUCAAAAUGGUCGACAGUACGGCCCCACUGACGACACACUGGGGAUUUCUUGGCAAAGUCCUGGUACCUGGGCGAGCUUAGUUCCAUUCCAAGUGUCGAACGGGACGCCGAUCCUGCCAACAAAUGUCCACCAGAACUACAGCAUAAGCAUCAUUGGUGAGCCGCUAGUCCCCGCAGAGACGGGGAACUAGACAGAGCCCCUGGCUCCGCCUGCCGCAGAGUCAGCGUCGGUCCCGCUCUCGUCCUCCACAACCCGUCAGCCGCUUGGAUUCUUUCAAACUGUUUUGAUGCCUUAAUGUUUGAUUCCUGACACCCGAGUCUCAGCGGCGCAGUGGAAGUCUGCGAGACGCCAACUCCGCCGUCUCUUGAAAAGAGCUGAUUGACUGUGACUCCCCCUAGGUUUGAUUUCAGUUUACUGUGACACCAAGUCGUCUUGUUUGGUUCUUACUGUUUCUUCAAGAGCUAAUGUCGGAGUUGAGAACUCUGCUGCCGUUUUUGAAAAAAAAAAAAUUUUUUAAAGAGUGGAAGAAAGGCAAACACUAAAAUUUCAGAUUGAGGUCAGAGCCCCGGUCAUUGGAUUUGCGUCUCCUUUCCAAAAGGAUUUUAAAGAUGAAGAGAAGUCGUUGGAAGCAAGUGCAAUUUCAUUUUUGAAGGGAAGCUAUCAGUCUGUUAGCCCAAGACUCUAAAGGAAUGGGACGAAUACGGAAAGGUUUUAUGGGUAAAAUUCGAAUCCAUGGCAUGACGCUGUGGAAGGCUCGGCGAGCUGAACCAGCACUUCUUUGAGCUCUUCUCGCCCUUUACAGGGGAAUAUUUUUAAUUUAUUUAGUGGGUGAAAAUAAAUAAAUCAUGAAAUGACGCACUUAGUCAUUUGACCUUUCAGUGUCAAAUCGUGCAGAUGAGAUCAGAGCGUUUGUCGGCUUCUAAAGCUUCUGUUUACAUUGUCAAAACAAAUGGAACGAAAAGUGUUAUUUGGUGAAACAAAUCCCUGGCAUCUGGAAGAGCGCACGACUCCGCACGGACGUGUUGCUAUAUACGAGGAAAAUCUCCGACACUCUUAAUUUUGCACGAUGACAUUUACACACAUGACGUGCCUUCGACUAGCGAGACAUCACUACACUUGUUUGUGCUGCAUUUAUCGUCCUAGAUGAAAAAUUAACAUUUUUAUGGUGAGAAUUUUUUUGUAUGAAAUGUUUAACUCCUCACAGUUACGUCGCAUAUCAACUGUGUAUAAAGUUUAUAAUCAACCAUUUCCUUUUUCAGUAUUUUUUUUUUUUGGUUUUCUAAUAACAUGUCGCCUACGGUUUCCAGUUACUAUCGUGGAGACGGAGUUGAGAGAAAUUAUGCAAUACCAAGUUUGCCUGUAGGUAGCGCUCUCGUAGAUGAGUCAUUAGAAGCUAGUUCCGCGGAGACAUUGUACCUUGUUUAUUUUCUUGAUGUUUGUUGCUGUUGAUGAUGUUGUUGUUGUGGCUGUUUAUUUUCCUUUGACGACCAAAGUGGGGACUGCCGUCUAUGCAGUGAUUGUUGACUUCAUUUUUUUCUGUCGCUCAUCACAAUUGCGCGACAACAAAUUAUCGGAAGAUUUCUUUUUAAAAAGCCCUUUUUUCCCUCUCAGCGAUGGAUGAAAGUGUGGCGUCAUUUUGAUCCUGAUGCUUUCAGUUGUUCAUACGAAGCUUCAUGAAGCAGUGGUCUAAUUUUUAGCGCCCACUAGGUGGUGCUAUCUGCUCGAUAAUAUUUGUCUGAGUUUGGUUUAACCUACAUGCAGUCGUAUCUCCCCUGCCCACGAUCACGAGCGUCCAAUUCGAUUACUAUAAUAAUUUUAGUAUUCUCUAAGCAACUGCUCGUUGCUCUCUUUCCCGCCUGCAAGCCCAAUGCGCUACAUAAAAAAAUUCAACUAGAUGUAGAUCUAGAUCUUCUAUUGGAAUUUUGACGACAUACUGUAGGAGUGUUAAGUGUCGUAGCUAAUCCCGCCGUCUUCACUCUAGCUGAAGAAUCCUUCCGCACCGGGAUGCUCCGAUCUAGCCGCCAUAAGACACAUUAGCUUGGAGAGACAGCUUGACUUGAGUUCGACAAUCAUUUCUAACAAUCCCAGCAAAUUCCACACACGUUUUUAUAUUUGAAUGCAAUUUCCAGGUAGAUGCCUUAUACACAUCAUUAAAGUGACCUGCGACCGUGUCGCAACAAUCCCACACGUCGACGGGGCCGUCCGAAAUCACUGCUGACGGCUGGAAGCGCCUUCAGAGUAUUUUUUUGUAAAGUAUUGGCUACGAUUGAUGCUGCAAUUCUCGUAUUCAGGGCCACGGAAUGCUCCCUUUGUGCAGCUGUCGCGUUAGAUGAUCCAGUAGGAGACUAUGAGUAGGCAACUUAUGAUAGUAGGUACAGUAGAAGCACUUAUUAGCAGCUAGGCAAUCGUCUCUCCACAUCAGUGUUCUCAGACGGUGGAACACUCAUUUCCUGACCUUUAUUUUCAUAAUCCUUUUUUUUAGAAAUCUGACAUCGAGGUAGCGAAAUGCUGCUUGGACACUUUUUGCACUCCUUCCUAACAAUCGUAAAAGAAAUCCAGUGUUGUGUGUAGAACAACAAAAUCACUUCUCAAGUCAAGCGUCAUCUUUCAGUCCACACAGAACAAAAGACUCUUGUUUCCAACAUUAUGAUAUAAGUACUUUGCAGACCCCACUGAAGUCCCCAGAAGUGUGUGCGGGCGUGUGUGUGUGUGUGUCACUGUAUAUAUAAGUCCUGCUUUGGCAGCUUGUGUGUGUUUGUGUGUGUGCAUGAGUGUGCACUACAUAAUGAGGGUCUUUCUAUCAAUUUGAAAAGUUAGUACACUGUAAACUUUAGGAGUUUCUUUUUCUCUGGAGCCCUUUUUUUAUUUGUAUGUUUUCACUUUUGAGAAAACAAUGUAAUUCCAUUUUUUGGAGAAAAAAAAAAACGUUGUGAAAUUUUUAAUGUUGAUUGUUUAACAGUCUGGAUUUGAGUUAGAACUCUCCAGACUUUUUGGAUUGGUAGAAUGGAACGUGUUGUGUUCUCGUUGUUAAAUUGAGGAACAAAUAAGAAACUUGUCCGCAAAAAUGUAAAAAAAAAAAAAAAAAAAAAGGCAACAUCAAUGAUGGGUUUGUUUUCUUUUUUUUCAUUAUCUUUUAGCUAGUUCCAUGUGGAAAUGAUAUGUUUUUGAUUCUUUUUUUUUCUUUUUUUUUUUUUUUGCGAACUAUAUGUUAAACGUGUUCGUGAGUUGUUUGUGUAGCAGCUGGGAGGGACGAAUCACUCAACCAGCAAAAAGAAAAGUCCCAGAAUGCACCUGAAGUGAUGCAGGGUAAUGAUUUGAAUUAGACGAAACGUCCUCGACAAGUCCAUCCAGUAGUUUUUUAUUUUCUUCUUUAGUUUCUUUCUCCAACAAGGAUCGGUGCUAACACUUAGCCAUGUUUCUAAUUGGGUUUCAUGCAGAUCCCUGUUUUAUUUUGUAGCUCUUCCUCUUCUUAUUGUGUUGCUUCCUUUCAUUAUGCACUUUUACAACACUUACAAUCUGGUGCUCCCUCAGGUCGGGUCGGUAAAUCAUUGACCUGCCUGUCUGCUGGUCACACGACCCCGAUGAGAAAGUAUUAAGGCAUCAGUCAAGAAAACGACAAACUUUAUGCAAAAGGACCUGAGAUUAGUGAGGCAGAGCAAACAUUAGCAAUAGCCCCCCCCCAGAGCCCUUCGUACGUCGGCUAGCUGCUCGUGGCUUCAGGUCGUUUCCGAACGUUUUAAAAACCAGCAUUUGUUUCCAGGAUUCACCAAAAUCUGAUGAACUCUAGCAUCGCAGUGCCUGUUUCAGCUGUCCAGUGUCUGUUGUACAGAGAUGUAAAUGUGAAGCAGCGGAAUGUGGCUUCUGGAUUCUGUGAUUUUCCUUUUGAAAUAAGCUCUAGCAAUGUUUCACGGUGGGGGUAUCAGUUCUACAUCAAGUGCAGUGAAAUCAUUCAAGCGUCUUCUUUCACUUUUGUUUGAGAAUUUUCGGGUCUUGUGGCACUUUUACUUCCUCUGCGCGUUCUUUGUGUCGACUUGGGCUGCCGCAACAUCGGCAUCAAAACGACACCGUCAGACGGGCUCCUGGCUCCUCCGCAAGUGUUUGUGUGUGCGUGUGUGCAUCUGAAUGUACCUUCUCCAGGACUUUUGGACACUUUUUAAAAAUAGUUUCACGGUUUUAGGAGCCAGAGGUUUAGUGAGCCGCCUCUUUUAUUGAUUUUGUUUUUCUUUUAAACCUCUGGUGGAGCCAGUGCGGAGGCUAAAACUGCCACAAGAUGAACGUGGGUGUAAAUAAAGGUGUGUGUGAUUGUUGCUGUUCUAUCCAGCCUUUACUGCUCGCAGCUGUUUUACUGCAGUCAAUUACUGGAAGUGGAUAUAUUUCCUAUGCAAACUGUUUAAACAAUAAAAGAGCUAUGCUACAAAAAUACCCCCCA